AUGUACCUGCGUCUUGUUCAACUGCGCAGUCAAAAGACAGCUGGAAUCUUUCAUGUCGUGACUUCUUGCUUUGACAAGUCACGAAAAAUGCAGUAUAAAAAUGGUAGUACAGGCAGUGCUGCAGCCUCAGCUGGAGCAGGAGGAUACGGCCAAGGAGCAGGUCAAGGCUAUGGUGCUGGCGCAGGCUCUGGCGCAGGUGCAGGAGGAGCAGGAGGUUAUGGACAAGGAGCAGGUCAAGGCUCUGGUGCUGGUGCAGGAGCAGGUGCUGGUGCUGGAGCCGCUGGAGGAUAUGGACAAGGAGCAGGUCAAGGCUAUGGUGCAGGCUCUGGAGCUGGUGCCGGAGCUGCAGCUGCAGCAGGUGCAGGAGCAGGUGGAGCAGGAGGUUAUGGACAAGGAGCAGGUCAAGGCUAUGGUGCUGGCUUAGGAUCUGGUGCAGCAGCAGGUGCUAGAGCUGCUGGAGGAUAUGGACAAGGAGCAGGUCAAGGCUAUGGUGCGGGAGCAGGUUCUGGUGCAGGAGCAGGUGCUGGUGCUGGUGGGGGAUAUGGACAAGGAGCAGGUCAAGGCUAUGGUGCAGGUGCAGGCUCCGGAGCUGGUGCUGGAGCUGCAGCAGGUGCAGGAGCAGGUGGAGCAGGAGGUUACGGACAAGGAGCAGGUCAGGGCUAUGGUGCUGGCGCAGGGUCUGGUGCAGGAGCAGGGUCUGGUGCAGGAGCAGGUGCUGGUGCAGCAGGUGGAGCAGGAGGUUAUGGACAAGGAGCAGGUCAAGGCUAUGGUGCUGGUGCUGGGUCUGGAGCUGGUGCCGGAGCUUCAGCUACAGCAGGUACAGGAGCAGGUGGAGCAGGAGGUUAUGGACAAGGAGCAGGUCAAGGAUAUGGUGCUGGCGCAGGAUCUGGUGCAGGAGCAGGUGCUGGUGCUGGAGCUGCUGGAGGAUAUGGACAAGGAGCAGGUCAAGGCUAUGGUGCGGGCGCAGGGUCUGGUGCAGGAGCAGGUGCUGGUGCAGGAGCUGGUAGCGGAUAUGGACAAGGAGCUGGUCAAGGCUAUGGAGUGGGUGCAGGAUCUGGAGCUGGUGCAGGGGCAGCAGCUGCUGCAGGUGCCGGAGCAGGUGGAGCUGGAGGUUAUGGACAAGGAGCAGGUCAAGGCUAUGGUGCUGGUGCAGGCUCUGGAGCUGGUGCCGGAGCUGCAGCAGGUGCAGGAGCAGGUGCCGGAGCAGGUGGAGCUGGAGGUUAUGGACAAGGAGCAGGUCAAGGCUAUGGUUCUGGAGCUGGAUCUGGUGCAGGAGCAGGUGCUGGUGCUGGAGCUGCUGGAGGAUAUGGACAAGGAGCAGGUCAAGGCUAUGGUUCUGGUUCUGGAUCAGCAGGAGCCUAUUCAGUAGGAGCUGCAUCAGCCAGUGGAGCAACCUCAUCACAAGUUUCCCAGAUCCAAAAUGUAGUUACAACUACUCAAACAGAAAAUAUAAUUGCUACAGCGGGUAGUACAGGCAGUGCUGCAGCCUCUGCAGGAGCAGGAGGAUACGGCCAAGGUGCAGGUCAAGGCUAUGGUGCUGGCACAGGCUCUGGCGCAGGAGCAGGUGCAGGAGGAGCAGGAUAUUAUGGACAAGGAGCAGGUCAAGGCUAUGGUGCAGGAGCAGGUGCUGGUGCAGGAGCAGGUGCAGGAGGAGCAGGAGGUUACGGACAAGGAGCAGGUCAAGGCUAUGGUGCUGGAGCAGGAGCAAGUGCUGGUGCUGGAGCCGCUGGAGGAUAUGGACAAGGAGCAGGUGCAGGAGGAGCAGAAGGUUAUGGACAAGGAGCAGGUCAAGGCUAUGGUGCUGGUGCAGGAGCAGGUGCUGGAGCCGCUGGAGGAUAUGGACAAGGAGCAGAUCAAGGCUAUGGUGCGGGAGCAGGGUCUGGUGCAGGAGCAGGUGCUGGCGCUGGAGCUGGUGGAGGAUAUGGACAAGGAGCAGGUCAAGGCUAUGGAGCUGGUGCAGGCUCUGGAGCUGGUGCCGGAGCUGCAGCUGCAACAGGAGCAGGAGCAGGUGGAGCAGGAGGUUAUGGACAAGGAGCAGGUCAAGGCUACGGUGCUGGCGCAGGAUCUGGUGCAGGCUCUGGAGCUGGUGCCGGAGCUGCUGCUGCAGCAGGUGCAGGAGCAGGUGGAGCAGGAGGUUAUGGACAAGGAGCAGGUCAAGGCUAUGGUGCUGGCGCAGGAUCUGGUGCAGGAGCAGGUGCUGGUGUUGCUGGAGGAUAUGGACAAGGAGCAGGUCAAGGCUAUGGUGCUGGAGCAGGAUCUGGUGCAGGAGCAGGUGGAGCAGGAGGUUAUGGACAAGGAGCAGGUCAAGGCUAUGGUGCUGGUGCAGGAGCUGGUAGCGGAUAUGGACAAGGAGCUGGUCAAGGCUAUGGAGCUGGAGCAGGGGCAGCAGCUGCUGCAGGUGCCGGAGCAGGUGGAGCUGGAGGAUAUGGACAAGGAGCAAGUCAAGGCUAUGGUGCUGGUGCAGGCUCUGGAGCUGGUGCCGGAGCUGCAGCAGGUGCAGGAGCAGGUGGAGCAGGAGGUUAUAGACAAGGAGCAGGUCAAGGAUAUGGUGCUGGCGCAGGAUCUGGUGCAGGAGCAGGUGCUGGAGCAGGAGGAGCUGGAGGUUAUAGACAAGGAGCAGGUCAAGGCUAUGGUGCUGGUGCAGGGUCUGGAGCUGGUGCCGGAGCUGCAGCUGCAGCAGGUGCCGGAGCAGGUGGAGCCGGAGGUUAUGGACAAGGAGCAGGUCAAGGAUAUGGUGCUGGCGCAGGAUCUGGUGCAGGAGCAGGUGCUGGAGCAGGAGGAGCCGGAGGUUAUGGACAAGGAGCUGGUCAAGGCUAUGGUGCUGGCGCAGGAACUGGUGGAGGUGCAGGAGCAGGUGCUGGAGCAGGUGGAGCUGGAGGUUAUGGACAAGGAGCAGGUCAAGGCUAUGGUGCUGGUGCAGGCUCUGGAGCUGGUGCCGGAGCUGCAGCAGGUGCAGGAGCAGGUGGAGCAGGAGGUUAUGGACAAGGAGCAGGUCAAGGCUAUGGUGCUGGUGCAGGAUCUGGUGCAGGAGCAGGUGCUGGAGCUGCUGGAGGAUACGGACAAGGAGCUGGUCAAGGUUAUGGUACUGGUUCUGGAUCAGCAGGAGCAUAUUCAGUAGGAACUGCAUCAGCCAGUGGAUCAACCGCAUCACAAGUGUCACAGACCCAAAAUGUAGUUACAACUACUCAAACAGAGAAUAUAAUUGCUACAGGUGGUAGUACAGGCAGUGCUGCCGCUUCUGCAGGAGCAGGAGGAUACGGCCAAGGUGCAGGACAAGGGUAUGGUGCUGGUUCAGGAUCUGGUGCCGGUGCAGGAGGUUAUGGCCAAGGGGCAGGACAAGGCUAUGGUGUUGGAGCAGGUGCUGGAGCAGCCGCCGGUGGUUAUGGCCAAGCAGUACAAACCGGAUACAGUUCUGGAGGUGGUGCAGCUUCUGGUGCAGGUGCUGCAGCAGGAGGCUAUGGCCAAGGUGUACAAACUGGAUAUGGAAGUGCUGCAGGAGCUAGUGCAUCCGCUGCUUCACGAAUUAAUUCUGGAGCAUCUCAAUCCAGAAUCAGUUCAGCUGCUUCCAGUUUGGCCUCAGGUGGGGUAUUGAAUGUAGGUGCCUUGCAAUCCGUUGUAUCUAACUUGAUCGGACAAGUCAGUGCUACUUCUGCCGGAGCAUCUCAAGCUGAAGUAGUUAUACAAGCUCUUCUGGAACUGGUGGCUACCCUCAUACACAUAUUGAGUACCUCCAAUAUAGGUCAAAUCGACUUCAGCUCAAUCGGAAACUCUGCAGCGGCUGUUAGUCAAUCUUUAGGAGCUGUUCUCGGUUAAAUUUUAAAAAAAAUUUAACUUCGAUCCUAAAUAUGUAAGUUUAUAGAAACAAUAAUAAAAGCAUAUUUUUAAAGACAAA